GCGCUAGCCAUGGCGGGCUGCUGCGCGGUGCUGGCGGCCUUCCUGUUCGAGUACGACACGCCGCGCAUCGUGCUCAUCCGCAGCCGUAAAGUGGGGCUCAUGAACCGGGCGGUGCAGCUGCUCAUCCUGGCCUACGUCAUCGGCUGGGUGUUUGUGUGGGAAAAGGGCUACCAGGAAAUGGACUCUGUGGUCAGCUCCAUUACUGCCAAAGCCAAGGGUGUGACCACGACCAACACUUCUAAACUUGGAUUCCGGAUCUGGGAUGUGGCCGAUUAUGUAAUUCCAGCUCAGGAGGAAAACUCCCUCUUCAUCAUGACCAACAUGAUCGUCACCAUGAACCAGACCCAGGGCCUCUGUCCUGAGACUCCAGAUAAGACCACCGUGUGUGAAUCCGAUGCCAACUGUACUGCUGGCUCUGCAAGCACCCACAGCAGUGGAGUUGCGACAGGAAGGUGCGUGCCGUUCAAUGAGACCAUGAACACAUGCGAGGUGGCAGCCUGGUGCCCGGUGGAGGAGGACGCACAAGUGCCAAAGCCUGCUUUUUUAAAGGCUGCAGAAAACUUCACUCUUUUGAUUAAGAACAACAUCUGGUAUCCCAAAUUUAAUUUCAGCAAGAGGAAUAUCCUUCCCAACAUCACCACUACCUACCUCAAAACGUGCAUUUAUGACGCUAAAACAGAUCCCUUCUGCCCCAUAUUCCGACUUGGUAAAAUAGUGGAGAACGCAGGGCACAGCUUCCAGGACAUGGCUGUCGAGGGAGGCAUCAUGGGCAUCCAGAUCAAAUGGGACUGCAACCUGGACAGAGCCGCCUCCCUCUGCUUGCCCAGGUAUUCCUUCCGCCGCCUGGACACCCGGGACGUGGACCACAACGUGUCCCCAGGCUACAAUUUCAGGUUUGCCAAGUACUACAACGACCUGACCGGCACCGAGCACCGCACGCUCAUCAAAGCCUACGGCAUCCGAUUCGACAUCAUCGUGUUUGGAAAGGCUGGGAAAUUUGACAUCAUCCCCACCAUGAUCAACAUUGGCUCUGGCUUGGCACUCUUAGGGGUGGCGACAGUGCUGUGUGAUGUCAUAGUCCUCUACUGCAUGAAGAAAAAAUACUACUAUCGGGAGAAGAAAUACAAAUAUGUGGAAGACUACGAGCGGGGUCUUGGCAGUGAGACGGACCAGUGA